AUGCCAAAGAUUCGGGAAUACCGAGUUGCGGUUCCUUCCACGGCGAUCGAAGAGCUUCACCAGAAGCUGGCCCUUUCAAAAUUCCCAGAGGACUCCGAGGGCGGCGACAGUUGGGCACAAGGCACCCCGUCCGCCGACAUUCGACGGAUCGCACAGUAUUGGCAGAAGGAAUUCAAAUGGGCUACAUUCGAAGAGCGGCUGAACAAAUUGCCACAUUUCGAGACGACUAUUUCGCUUGACGGCUUUGAUCCAAUCCAGUUGCACUUUCUCCACCAGAAGAGUGCAAGCCCAGAUGCGAUCCCGCUGCUUUUUGUCCAUGGAUGGCCGGGUGGCUUCUUUGAAGUCACAAAGAUCCUUCCAAUGCUCACAGCCGAAAAGAACGGGGAGCCGGGACCAGAGUUUCACAUAGUGGCGCCGUCCCUUCCCAAUUUCGGGUUCUCGAGCGGGAUUUCCAAGAGAGGCUUUGGCUUACGGCAGUAUACUGAUGCUUGCCAUAAGCUAAUGCUUAGCUUAGGAUAUGAAAGAUAUGCAGCUCAAGGAGGAGAUUGGGGCUUGUAUAUCACCACAUCUAUCGGUAACCUCUAUCCCGAGUCAAUAUUGGCAUUGCAUCUCAAUUUUGUCAUUGCCCUACCACCUCCUCUCACUCAAUCCCCACUAGGCUUUGUCCGAUUCCUCACGACACACAUUAUGAACUGGUAUACACCCCGUGAGCAAGCAGGCCUGAAAGCCUCACAGGAGUAUCAAGACAAUGGCAGUGCCUACCUUCAAAUAAUGAGGACAAGGCCGCAGACGAUCGGAACAAUGCUUGCUGAUAGCCCGGUGGCGUUAUUGGCCUGGAUCUACGAGAAAUUGGUCGCGUGGACAGACGAUUAUCCAUGGACAGAUCAGGAGGUUUGUGAAUGGGUCAGCCUCUAUUGGUUCAGUCGAGCAGGCCCUGCUGCUAGUGUCAACAUCUAUUAUGAGAUGUUCCAAGGGGAUUGGAAAGCGGAGCCCGGGCGUGGUUUACCCAAGGCCAAGCUGGGCUUCUCAUAUUUCCCGAAAGAGAUCGCCGCGACCCCCCGCAUGUGGAAUCGACGACUGGGACAUGUUGUUUUUGAGAAGGAACAUGGAAAGGGUGGGCACUUUGCCGCAUGGGAGCAGCCGGGGGCUUUAGUUCACGACCUUCAAGAAAUGUUCAACCCCAAUGGACCGGCAUUCCAUGCUUUUCGUCCAGCAUAA